UCGCAGUGACUGGAUCGGUCUUAUUUGGCUUUGGUGUCAUUCGUAAUCCUGUGCGGUGAAUACUGAACAUCCACAUCAUGUCAAACGAGGCUAAAAACUCGAAGAGUGGCACAUCGUCGUUAAUAACCAAACCGGCUAACUUGGAAUGUAAGAAUUUGGAAGAGUAUCUGAAGUCCAGACCCCCGGAUGCCCUGGAGAAGUUGUACAACUAUCCGGCCAUCUGUUUGGCCGUAUAUCGAGAGCUUCCAGAAAUUGCUCGUCAAUUCGUAAUACGCAUAUUAUUUAUCGAACAAGCCAUCCCUCAAGCUGUAGUGUCUUCGUGGGGAUCUCAGGUGUACGCCAAGGAAAAUAUUCUCGUUUCGAGCGUACUAACAGAGCUGGGAGUGUGGCGUAGAGCGGGCUUGACUGGAGGGCUCGAAGCAUGGGAGCUGUGUCCCACAUUUAAGAAGAACCUGAAGGUAGCGCUACUGGGCGGCGGCCGUCCAUGGUCGAUGUCGAACGCAAUGGAUCCGGAUCAGAAAUCUAGAGACAUAGAGUUCCUGGACGCGUAUUCCAUGUCCCGUUGGCGUUGCGUGCUGCAUUAUAUGGUGGGAGCAGGAAGCUCUAAAGGGAUGGAAGGCGAAGGGAUAUCACCCGAUGCGGUGCGAAUUUUGCUGCACGCGAAUCUUAUGAAGCGAGAUGAAACAGAUGGAAGUCCGGUUAUUACGCGGCAAGGUUUUCAGUUUCUGUUACUCGAUACGCAGGCCCAGGUGUGGCACUUCAUGCUGCAGUAUUUGGACACAUGCGAGGCACGUGGGUUGGAUUUGGCCGAGUGCCUUUCAAUGUUGUUCCAAUUGAGCUUUUCCACGCUGGGACGUGAUUACAGCUCCGAAGGGUUGAGCCAGGGCCUUUUAACCUUCCUGCAGCAUCUUCGAGAGUUUGGUUUGGUGUACCAACGUAAGCGAAAAGAAGGUCGGUUCUAUCCGACUAGGUUAGCGCAUAACAUCACUUCAAAGAAUGCAGUGCCUUCAAUGCAGGAGGAUGGCAGUUCUGUACAGGACAAAGGAUACAUAGUUGUGGAAACCAAUUAUCGGGUGUACGCAUAUACCGAUUCAAAUUUGCAGGUGGCCCUGUUAGGAUUGUUCACGGAGCUGUUGUAUCGCUUUCCAAACUUGGUGGUUGGCGUUCUUAGUAGAGAUUCCGUACGGCAAGCCUUCCGAGGAGGGAUCACGGCCGAUCAAAUUAUCAGCUAUUUGGAGCAGCAUGCGCAUCCCACGAUGUUGAACAUGGAGCAAGCCAUCAAUUCUAAAUCCGCUCUACCACCAACCGUUGUUGAUCAGAUCAAACUAUGGGAAAACGAGCGGAAUCGAUUCACGUACACCGAAGGAGUAGUUUACAACCAGUUCCUUUCGCAGGGCGAUUUUAACACACUGAGAGACUAUGCCCAAUCGAUUGGAGUGAUGACUUGGCAGAAUGAGCGGACUCGCACAAUGGUGGUCACUAAAAAUGGCCACGAUGACGUUAAGCGAUUCUGGAAACGUUACUCCAAAGGCGGAAGUUAGUUUUUCAGAGUAGAAAUGGGAUAGCAUUAGAUUAUAAAAUCAAAACUAAUAGAUUUCUGUUCUAUUAAACUUUUCUGGAGAGAACAA